UUUUUUUCUUUUCUUUUUUUUUUUUUUCGAACGUGAAUGUCAUGUUCCUAUUUAAGUAUAUAUACAUACAUAUAUACAUAGAGAAACAAAUGAUUAUAUAGCAAUAUUUGUUAUAUAUAGCAAUUUAACUUUUUUCUCGAAAAUAAAACACGACAAAUAAUAUAUUAAUAUUUAGGGUAUACACAAAGACUUCGACAUUUCGGAGAAAGAUAAAGUUUACCUUAUUUAAUUUUUCCUCCUCUCGUUCUUGUUCAAUUGGAAUUUUACUAUCACCAUAACAAAUUGAUCUCGUGUCUCGAAUCCUUUUUUAUAUCGGGAUCGUACCAGAUACUAAUGUUGGUACACGCUCGACACGAUUUUUCUCAUCGACCGGCCAACUUGUCGUUCGAAUUCCAACUGUUUAAAGUUCAAAGGUGAUCGAAUUCCCGUGACGAGCAUGGAUUUAACACGUAUUCCCUCGCCCCAAGGAUGAUAUUUUAUCUUGUUGAAACACGUUGACAAAUUGAAAGAGCAAGAUUAAGAUACGUAAAGAACGUGUCGACGAUGGCCCAUUAAAGAUUCGAAUAUUUCUGAAAAUCGUGGCAAAAUUCUGCGAAUCGAGCUAUGACGUGAACCUCGUCCCAGACAGUUAUAAUCUCCCUCUUUUUUUUCCUCCUUUUCUCUCAUCACACUGCCGCGACACCACGAGACUAUUUUUCUAUCACAACGUACGCGGAACACAAGUUUAAAGCACUUUGUCUGCACACAAAUCUAAAUUUACGAUCCCUUUAACAGCUUCCAAAGCUAUUUUCGUGGACGAAUGCAAGCGGCCUUGACUUUGUGCCCCUUCUUCGCACGUGAAUCUCGUUCUCACGUACCGGAAGAACCCGUGGAAACGUAAUCACUAAUAUUGUUUAACUUUCUAACAUUUCCACCUCGAUCAAAAAUAUCAUACUUGAUAUCCAAAACUUCCAUAUAUGAUGCAAACCAUGAAUUUUAAUUGCGUGUAUUUUCUAUCAAAAUCAUUCUGUUCAAAUAUCAGUAUCUAUUAUUAUAUAAUCUAUUAAUUAUUACAACUUUCAAGAAUUCAAUUCGAAGUUAAAAAUACAAAAAAAAAAAAUAAUAAUAAAUCGUUUUCCACUUUUAUAAGAAAUAGGUCAAAACAGAAAUAUUUCAACGUGCCCUUAAAUCGAAUCUAUAGUUUGUUGCAAAAUCCUCGAUUCAUUCAUCAUCUUGAAAACGUAAAAACUUCAACUAUCAAAUAUCACGAAGAAGACCUAAUUUCUGUUACACACGAUUAUCUCAUCGGUUCUGUUUGUUGAAAAAUCGUUUCUGCCGAUCGGUCAUUUCACAAACGCGUAUUAUUAAUAGUUCACGAUCCCGAUGGAUCGAUAAUCGUAAAAAUAAACGAUGGCUCGCGUUAUAUCGACACUUGCGCAAGUACUUACUUAGAUCCAUCGGAAUGGUGGCAUUCUCAUACAGCCGUGUUUCCUUACUGUAAUAAAAUAACGUGGUCCCGUAAAUAUCGGUUGUGAAAAAAAAAAUAAACAUAGCAAUGAAUAGUGAAGCCGUUUGACGAGGCCAUUUUUCAAUGUAAUUAACACGUAGAUUGAGAUUCGAUGAUUAUAUAAACUUUCUUAUAAAAUACAUAUUAUUAAGUUAUUGAAAAAUAAAGUAUUAGAAAAAUUGUUGAAGAAAUUAUAACGAUGAAAUUUGAGUUAUAAAUUUAGAAAAUUAAUAUUCGAAUGGUUGAAUAGAAAUUUUAAUUCUUUCUUGACAGAAUCCCAAUAAAAAUUAAUUCGAAACGAGACGAAGCAUUUAAAUUCACGAUAAAAGAUACUGUUCAAUCUCUAACUUUGAUUUUUUUUUAUUUUUUCUGUAAAUGUGUCGUAAAAUUUAGCAUUCGUUAAACUAUCGUUUCGAUAGAAAAAGAUUUCUUUCUUGAUAUUUUUAAACUUAAUACUAGCAUCAUCGAACCAAAGAAGAUUAAAACGAUCAAAAAGGAAAUAAUUAUUGACGAAUAAUUUAUUAUUAGCGGAAAAUACAAAAAUUUCUUGCCCAGUUUAAUAUUUUGUUUCCGCGUUACGACAUCGUUGACCGAUAGACGGUUCGUUUUCUGAAAUAUUGCGCCAUGAACGUAUUCUGUGGCGCCAUUUCGUUUGAAUGACAUAUACAGACAACUACCGAAUAUACAUAACCCAUAAAUUCAUAUUCACCCGCAACUCGAUUACUUAUCGCGCACUUACAACUACUUAAAACGUGCAACAUUCAACCGGCAAUAACUUCCAAUUAAUAUGCACGCGUGUUGCCACCUAAAACUAAUAAAUAAUCGGCUAAUAAUUUAAUUACCUCUAAAUAAUUUGUUGAAUAACAAAUUCAACAAAUCGUAUUUUCCAACUCGAUGAACAUUCCUCGUGAAUAUUGCAUUCGCGAUUAACAUUUUAAAAUUUAAUUGGCUAAUGUUCCUCGUAAAGAUCGGAUAAAAUAUGUAAUCGACUAGAGAAUAUGUUACCAUUUAUAUAAAUUUGUACAAUUUUUCUCCGGAUUUUUCUUUUACUUUAUUGCAUCACGUGUUUCUAUCCACGAUGCCAAGUGAAUCCAACACAUGCACGCGAACAUAAAUUAAUUUCGCCAACGAAAAAAAAAAAAAAGAAAAGAAAAAAGAUAGAGCAACACACAAAUGUAACCACUUGUAACAUAAGUAGCUAACGUAAUAAUAUAUUCUAUCUUCUACGAAAAAGAAUCUCAUAUUUAUAGACCAAGUAGCUCAUAACUUCUCUAUCAAACCGAUUUUAAAACGGUGUAUUUACGAUCUACAAAUACCUAAGAUUGUAAUUCACGCAAUCUCUCACUCAAUGAAUUCAAUUUUUCUCUCAUUGAAUCGCCGCGAUAGAAAGAAAGAAAAAAAGAAAAAUAAGCAAUCCAACGUAUAUAUAUAUAAUCCAAUGUACGUAAUUACAGCUCCAAUAAUUCCGUCUUCUUAUUUCCCUCUUGCUUCAUAAAUUCCACGUGUUGCAGCCACACAGCGCCAUUCCAAUUCCGCAAAAUAAACACAAACUAAUCCCCUUUGGCCCCGAAUACCGGGCCCAUAAAUUAAUCCCCUCGACCCCUAACAGCGGCACGAGCUCGAAAAACAAGGCUCCAUAAACAAUAGAUCAAAAAAUGGCGAUAAUGUAAACCGGGGGGGCACACGUAAUUGAGAUCGAUCUACUGGAACCAUCGAGGUUGGCGCCAGCCGAUAAAAAUGGCGGCUUGUCGCGGAUCGAAACUUUUCAUAUCGCGCUUACGUUAUAUACGCGUAUAAUUGAGAACGAAAGGAAGGAUGGAAUGCAAGGGAUCGGGAGAAGGAGGAGGGGGGAUAAAAAUAUUUUUUUCCGGCUAGCGCCGGCGCGCUUUCAGCAGAGAUAAUUCUACGUAGGAGAAACGAUUACGUUCGACAGGUCGACGCACGACUAAUAUCGAUUCCCGUCUAACGCUCACUAACAACUGGAGCAUGAAGGCAUUAUGUGCGCCUUUAUACGUACACACGUGAACGACGGCACCUCUAAUAUCCAAUUUCCUUCGUGUCGCAUCAUAACUCGUUUCUCACGAUGCAAAAUAUCUUGAUCGCGCGUCGAAACGGGCCUGUGUUGUUGCCUAUCGGUACAAGUGUUGCGUGCGUGUUGUAGGAUACGCGUGUGCGUCGAUGGCGGUGCUCGUGAGUCGGUCUCGAUAAAAAGUUUUAUUGGACGGAAUCGAGUUUUCGAGUAGCGGAUGGUGUACUUAAGAUAUUGAGGAGGAUCAAGAAAGGAAACGUAAGUUUUAUUAAAUUAUUGUAAUGGUGUGAUUCGAUGGUGCGAGUAGAAAAGAAGAAGAGUGUGUACGAGUGAAACAUGGCAUCGUGAUUUCAAUGACAGUCGAGGGAAUUAAAACUGAAUCGUGUGAUGCAAAACGACUGUCGUGCUCGAAAAAUGAUGACGAAUAAUUAUUCUCGAAAUCGCUUCGAAUCUCAUCUGGAAGAAUAUUAAUGGGAAGAAGCUUGUGGAAGAUGAUACGUGGAGCGUGAACCGGAAGAAGAAUGCUCUCCAAGAUGGAUCAAGCUGUUCUGCUCUCUCUGCUGAUAUCAUUGACGUGUUUUCUAAAUUCCUGCGAUGGACAUUUAAUCGAUGGGAUUUUCACGGAACCGACCUUGGAACGGGGUUACAAUUUGGUUGCCACGGUUCCUCGUGGUGCUGUGGUUUUGAACGUGACACAAUUACGUCACACGGAGAAUUAUUUGGCGGUCAAGUUGCAAGAUGGUAGCUACGUAUUCAAUGGAAAUUACAGUAUAAGUCUGCCUGGUAAGUAUCAAGCAGCUGGGACUAGUUUCGUCUACGUUCGUCAAAGUCCUCAAAAUUUGGAAAGUUUCUCUGCCAUUGGCCCGUUGGAAGAGCCCAUUGAUGUUAUGGUUUUAUAUCAAGAACCGAAUCCUGGGAUUGUAUAUCGAUACGUCAUCCCCGGAAGUGGAGUAUCUCCGAGUUCUCAUAUUGGACAUAAGACGAAAAGUUCUAUUUCAGCUUCUAACAAGAUUGGUGAAGCUAUUCCUCACAGGAAAAUAGAAGGCGGUUCUAAUAUCAAUGAUGGAACGCAAACAUAUCUUCCAAGACGGUACAAGAAAAGAAAAUUCUUUUGGAAACCAAGCGGUUAUACCGAGUGUAGUAAAACUUGUGGUGGAGGUACUCAGAUAUUGAAGUAUAUAUGCACGAGGGAACACACACAGACACCUGUGCCUGAAAAGAGAUGCCACGCGUUAGAAAAACCGCGAGAAACUCAAGUACGAUGCAAUACUACACCUUGCCUACCCAGAUGGAGAGCAGGCCCGUGGAGCCUUUGUUCGGUUACCUGCGGUAGCGGUACGCGUUCCAGGAGCAUAGAAUGCGUACAAGAAAUAACAGCAUCGUUGAUAAUGAGAAUAGCCGAUGGCGCCUGCGUGGAGCCUAAUAUCCUUCCUACUUCCGAGGUUUGCGAAAUGCCACGCUGUGAACUCGAAUCGAAGGUAGCGCCAACAACAUUACCGCCUCCGCAAUGGAGCGUGGGCACAUGGUCCACGUGUUCCACAACUUGCGGUCCAGGUACAAGAACAAGGAGUGCAACGUGCGUGACACAAGGUCCUGCGUGUAAUCUUGCAGAAAAACCUAUUACUCAAGAUGCUUGCGAUUUAGGACCCUGUACUACUAAAUCGCCACAAACGAAUGCUAUUUCCACGAGAAUCGAAAGUUCACAGUGGUUGUACACUGAAUGGUCCGAAGAGUGUUCCGCCGAAUGUGGAGUCGGUAUGCAAACGAGAAAGGUGUUCUGCGAAAAAGAUCCGGAGGGAGAAUUUUGCGACCAAUCGACAAGACCUGAAACUUCAAGAACCUGUUCCAGCAACAGAACCUGUAGUGGACAAUGGUUUACGGGACCAUGGACCGCGUGUUCCACGGAAUGUGACCAAGGAGAACAAGUCAGAGAAGUAGCCUGCAUAACUACGCUUCGUGGGUCUCUUCGUGUUGUUCUCGAUAUGAAUUGCCCUGCGAACAAACCGGAAAGUCGAAGAUCAUGCACCGCUCCACCAUGCACAUCCUCGUGGUUUAUAUCAGACUGGACAGAAUGUUCCCGAUCGUGUGGAAAAGGCGUUCAGAAGAGAGAAGUAAAGUGUCUGAACAGAGAGGGCCAGAUACCGGAACACCACGAGCUUCAUUGCAAAGAGAAGGAUCGACCUAUAUCUCGACGAACGUGCAAUGAUUAUCCUUGCAAGGAGGACAUGCACAGAUCUGAGAAUCAUCACACUGUCCUGCAAGUUCAAGACGAUCCGGAAAUCUCAAAUGUUCUCGAGGAAAAUCCACUUUGCAAGGACAGUACAUCUAACUGCAAUUUAGUGGCACAAGCUCGGCUCUGCAGUUACCAGUUUUACCAUCAGUUGUGCUGCCAAUCGUGUUCCAGAGCUAAGCAAGAUCUCGAAUGAUGAUCUGAAAUUCUGUCGAUCAACCAAAUGUAUCGUAAAUGGAAAUUUAAAGUAUCGAUGAUUGAUCGAAUCAUCUGAACGUAACCUUAUGAUAUUAUACGUGUCGUAGAAUUACUUACCCCUGCACUGCCUGAUGAAACAUUUUUAACGCCAAGUUUUAUGUAUAGAAAUGAUAUUAGAUCUCUAAACGAAAAUAAUAAUGAAAUAAUUGUUAUUAUAGAUAAUCCAUAGGUUUAUGAGCUUGGAUAAACUUUUAUAAAGGUUAAUAAAUUAAUAACAAUUGUCAACAAUUUAUAAUGUUUUGAAAAAUAGGUUAUUUAUCGAAUUAUAUACGUAGCUUUAAUUGUAAUUUUAUAGAAACGAUGGUAUUAAUGAAUGUAUAAUUAUUUAUGAUUAAUCUAUCUGUGAAAAUCGUUCGAGCUUUUUAUUUAAUAUUACGGAAAAAGUAAGUAUUAGGUUAAAUUAAAAUGAAAGGAAAAUGUAAAUUUUAAUACUAAAAAAAAAAUUCACGAGAUCGUCGACGAGAAAUUAUAGACUGAUCGCAUAAAUUAACGUAACAUUGGCAUUUAAUUUGUAUUAUUUUCCAUAGUUAUUAUUCGCUAUAAUAAAGUUUAUGCUUUCUA